AUGAAGUUACUCACUGCAGCACUGUUUUUCUUCCUUCUGAUCCCACUGCAGCGUUCCUGUGCUGUGAGUCCCACAGGCUGCGAUGCUGCAGAGCCCGUGGCUGGGAAAGCUCUAGACCUGAUCAAUAAAUGACGGUGGGAUGGCUACCUUUUCCAGUUGCUGUGGGUCGCUGAUGUCCACUUGGACAAAAUGCUGUGGAGCUCCACAGCUGUCUAUUACUUAGUCUUGGAUGUGAAAGAAUCUGACUGUUCAGUCCUAUCCAGGAAACACUGGGAUGACUGUGAGCCAGCUGUUUCUAUUCAUCCAUCUGAAAUCGUGAUCAGACCAUGUAAGAUAAUAGCUAUAACAUGUUUGGAUGGGUCUCAGAAUCCUCGAGUGAAUGACUUUAACUGCACCACAAGUUCUGGAGGGGAAAGAACCAAUUACUACCUGGACUUCUCUGUGAGGAACUGCUCCAGUCACCACUUUCCCAGGCACUCUCAUAACUUCGGAUUCUGCAGAGUAGGUUUGUCCUAUGAUGUAGAAGACGCUGACUUGGAAACCCCAAAAGACAUUGUCAUAAACUGUGAAGUUUUCAAUCUUAAGGAACAUACAAACGUCAGUGGUGUGAAGCAUCAUUUGGGCCAUCCCCUCCACUCUGGUGAGCGUUCUCCUGCUGGCAGGCCUCCAUUUAAGCUCAAUGGAUCUAGAGAUCACCAUAAUCCUCACGAGUCACACAACUUUAGAUGCCCACCUCCUCUAGAAGACAAAAAUUACUCAGACAGUCCACCGUUUUGAGCAGGAGUUCCUCUACCAUUGUCUCCUCCAGGGUCAAGAUGCCAUCACCCUCAUUUUGACACCAGUGGGACCCAUGGGCCCCCUCAUAAUCAUAGUUCUGGUGAGUGCUAUCCCCACACACAUCGUCCUCACAGACACCAUCCCCAUGGACACCAUCCCCAUGGCCAUGAUUUCUAUGGCCAUGGACCCUGUGACCCACCACCCCAUAGCCAAGGUCCCCAAGACCACCAUCGCUGAGGCCAUGGCCCACCACCUAGGCACUCAAAAGAAAGAGGUCCAGGUAAAGCCUUCCAUUGGAGACAAAUUGAAUAUGUUCACUGACUCCCUCCACUAAAGAAAGGUGAAGUUCUCGCUCUUCCCGAAGCCAAUUUCCCCAGCUUCUCAUUGCCAAACCACAAUAAUCCCCUACAGCCAGAGAUUCAGGCCUUCCCCCAAUCAGCCUCUGAAUCAUGUCCAGGAGAAUUCAAGAAUGAGUUUCUACAAAUCUCAAAAUUUUUUUGCAAGACUCCUUUCUCACACUUGAAUCCUCUUUCUUUCUCCUUCUUCCCAAAUCAAGUCUCCAGCAUAGACACAGGUGCCAAGACUUUAGAUUCUCUCUACCUGAGAGAGUUUCAGGUGUGUGGUGUUGGCAGAAGGUAG